AUGAGUCAGGAAUACUUUCCCGGUGAGGGCUCUUCAAGAGCUGGCUCGUCUCGAUUCUCCGAUGAGGACGAAGAACGAAGUCCUUUUCACCCUCAAGCUCCGCCCGCCUACAUGACUGUUGGCAACGGCUCAACCUCGGAAAGCGCGACAGCCUUAAUGACUUCACUUAAUCAGGAUUCGGGAUACGGAGGCAGUAUCACUGGAGAAAGCGCAACGGAUGGCGAUGCAAACGCAAAUUGGCGUGCUGGUUUGAUGGAAGACCGACCAACUCCGGCUCAUACUCCGACACGGCUCGGUGAAUGGAAUCCUGCUGCUGAACAUGAAAAGCAAAUCUAUGUCGAUUGUCUUGAUUUCCUUGUUCCAAACGUCAACCGUCUAACGGUUCUUCACUUCCUCUAUAGCAAUUCGAACCGCACAAAACUUGGCCGUGCAAUCUCCCGGACUAUUGAUACCUUAAAGGAGCUCCAGGAUAUGAACCGCCAAUGGCCUGCACACUACCCAUCGGUGCAAAGCGCACAAAACACUCCGUCUUCCCCUUCGCAGCGUCCACAACUCCAGCAAGCGCAUUCGGAUUAUGGACAAAAUGACAGUAGACCAAGCACUCCGCCACGUCCCGGGCAACUAAAGCGCGCAGCAACUACUAUGGGAGGAGAGGACAUUGCGGAGUCCAGCACUACUGCAGAACGUCGAACACCCGCUGAACCUCGCUUGAUGACCCCUCAGAUCGCCCAGGAAUUCUCGAUCUUGAAGUUGGAUUUGAAACUCGGCGCCUUAUCUCAGGCAGAACUAGUACACUCGUUGGAGAAGGCUUCAAUUGCCUCUCUUCUCGAUGGAAAGAUCAGCCAGAGUAUCAAGCAUCUCCUUUCGCUGCGAGACCGGAUUGAAGAUACUUCGAGCAAAGUUCUGGUCACAGGAGAUUUAAAUGCCGGCAAAUCGACAUUUUGCAAUGCCCUUCUGCGACGAAAAGUCCUUCCCGAGGAUCAGCAGCCAUGUACCAGCAUUUUCUGUGAGGUCCUCGAUGCUCGAGAGAACUGUGGGAUCGAAGAAGUGCACGCUGUGCACAAGGACACCCCUUACAACCGAAACGACGAAAGCACAUACGACGUUUUCCCUUUGAAGGAGCUUGAGAAUAUUGUGAUCGACAACUCCAAGUACAUGCAAUGCAAAGUUUACGUGAAGGACGUUCGAUCUAUCGACGAAUCUCUCCUCAACAACGGCGUUGUGGAUAUCGCUUUGAUUGAUGCCCCUGGUCUUAACUCCGACUCCUUGAAGACGACCGCUGUUUUCGCCCGACAGGAAGAAAUUGACGUCGUCGUUUUUGUGGUUUCUGCUGCCAAUCAUUUCACACUCUCCGCCAAGGAGUUCAUUCUGAAUGCUGCCCAUGAAAAGGCCUAUAUUUUCAUGGUAGUGAACGGGUUCGAUCAGAUCCGGGAUAAGCAAAGAUGUGAGCGUAUGAUCCUUGACCAAGUGGGCAAGCUCAGCCCUCGCACAUACAAGGAAGCGGAUGAGCUAGUCCAUUUUGUUUCCAGUAAUGCUAUUCCCGUGGCGCCUUCUGGAGCGGUCUCGCAGUCUGGUAGUGGAGGCGGUGAUGGCGGUGAUUCGGACCCUCACGACGAUGACGACGACUCUGGCAAAGACAAGGGCAAAGGAAAGGAGAAGGAGAAGAUCCAGGAUUUCGAGAAUCUCGAGGGGGCUUUGCGACGCUUUGUCCUUGAGAAACGAUCUAGAUCCAAACUUGCUCCUGCUCGGACUUAUCUUCUCAACCUCUUGGCUGAUCUCAACUCGCUCGCUACUGUCAACCGUGACGUUGCUGAAUCGGAGCUCAAGCGAGUCACGGAGGAGCUGGCUGAACUCGAGCCUGCAUAUGAGAACGGCAAGAAAAAGAAGGGGGAGUUGGCUGAUGGUGUCGACAAAGCCAUUGACGAGUCUUGUGAGGAUGUAUAUAACCACACCCGCUCCACCCUGGCCAACACCAUUGCUCAAGUCUCGGAUGCCGACCUUGGCGUCGAGUAUCCUGGAUUGUUCGCUGCUUUCCAAUAUGCCGAAGAUCUAAAACUGGCGAUGCUGGAGCAAAUUUCCGCGGCCGUCACUGGCUGUGAAGAUUACGCACGAGACAAGACUGUGAAAGGCGUAGGCUUUAUUCAAAAUAUCGGUCUGUUACAUGUCGGCGAAGACAAGUUCUCUGCUCUCAAUUUCCGUGCCGACCUGAUGUUCCGCCGAGGCCGCCGCCACACUUUUGGUCGACAGGUCGACACCGAAGUGGAACUGUGGGACUUUUUCGACAUUGCUGGCCUCUGGGAGCGUCAGGAGAAGAUGGCAGGAACUGGUGUUGCGAUGACGGCUAUCACUGUUCUGGGAGGAAGAGCAUUUGGUGGAUUCAGUUGGGUGGAUAGCGCGCUUAGUGCUGCCAAGGUCCUGGGUCCUAACAACCUACGCCGACUGUUUCUCCCGAGUAUUUUUGCUGCUGCCCUCUUAACCACUGCUUACGUGUUGUCCUCAAUUCCGACUACCCUUCCUCCCCGUCUGUCGCGGAAGAUUGCAGCGAAGCUUGAUGAGAUGGACUAUGUUCACUCGAAUGCAAGCCGUAUAUCUUCGGAAGUCCGGCGCAUCCUUCGCUUACCUGCUAAUAACCUCCAGGCCAGCCUGGCCCAAGACAUUGAAGAUCUUGCCCGGCGCAAGCAGGAAGUGGGCAAGGUGAAGCAGGAGAGUGAGGUUGCUACCAAGUACUUUUCAAAUCUGUUCCGUGAAAGCGGCGAAAAUCGCCGCUCCGUCGAAAAUCUUGAUCUUGAUGGCCCUCUUCCCGGAGCCAUGGGCGCUUUCGAUCCUUAA